ACAAAGUCGGCUGCCGCAUGUUCGCGUGACGGCACUGCAGCCUUCCGAAACACCUUCUCCGCUAUGGCGGCGCCCUCCGCUGCUGACACCGCUGCAAACUCAAGACUACCAGCCUUCCUACGCCAGAGCAAGGCGGACAUCCACAAUAAGUUCGUUGACCUUGAGUGGCAGCAGCGUAACCGUCUCCUCCAAGGCACCCAGAUUCCCGUCAGCGAUGCAGGUUCACCCUCACAAUGGUCGCGUCUCGGCGGCGACGUGGUCAUGGCACGCAACAGAUACUUGAAUGUGGAACCUUUUGCUUCGAACCGGAUUAAGCUGAAAGUAGCGGAGGGUAUGAGCGACUACAUCAAUGCUAGUCCUAUCCGGCUAGGGAAGCGGAGAUACAUCGCAACCCAAGGGCCAAAGGACACGAAUGUCAGCCACUUUUGGCGUAUGGUGGCGGAGGAGGUACGAGGUAAUAGUGGAGUGGUGGUGAUGCUCACGCAAACGCAUGAGAGUGGGAAGGAGAAGUGCUUUCAGUACUAUCCGCUUAGCCAGCAGGAGUCACCGCUGGUUCUGUCCGACGAACAGGAUGUUGCGGAUGGCUUCAGUGGGGAUGUCAAGCUGCUUUCAGUCGAGCCGGAUAUUGGCAGCAGGAGCGAGGUGCGGCGACUACGCUUACGGACGGGAGAUGGAGCCGGCAUUGCGGCACCGCAGGAAAAAGAAAUCCACCAUCUACUCUUCUCCGGUUGGCCUGACUUUCUCAUACCGGAAGGUGAAGACCGAGAGGCUCUCAUCCAUCUGAUCCGGUUGUCCGCUCGCUUGAAUCGCGGACCCUCUAGCAACUCUGCGGCGCAUACGAAUGGCUCAUCAGCCGCUGAAGACUUCUCGUCAACAGACCAAGACAAUCCGCGCAUCAUCCACUGCUCUGCCGGUGUGGGCCGUAGCGGGACCUUCAUCGCUUUGGACUACCUACUAAGUCUGAUGUACGCUGGAGAGCUUGACAAUGUGCCCGCAGACGCAGAUCCAAUUGCGGAGACUGUCGACUUGCUAAGGCAGCAGCGCAUGAUGAUGGUACAGGGAGAGUCGCAGUUCAACUUCUUGUACGAGGUGUUGAAGGAGCAGUUUCUCGCAAGGCUGGUCUAG